AUGAUUGUGAGGGCGGAGGCGGGCGGACCGGCCGCACCGCCGUCCUGGGCACUCAUUGAGCUUCAGGGUGACCUGGAGUCUCGCUCGGGCUCCUCGCUGGCCGGCCAGCUGAUCGGCGACCUGCACUUCACGCGCCAGGGAGCGCCCGUGCUCAUCGUCGGCCACCACAUCCUCUGGGGCAAGGUUGCCACCCUCGAGAAGCCGCUGCUGGUCAUGGAGAAAGGCGAGGCGGCGACGCGGGAGAUCUCUGUAGACGCGAUGGAGACGGAGGACGCAGGCGCCGGCGCCGAAUGUCGCUACCACGUGCGGGCCGUGGUGCGCAAGAAGAUCCUCUUCAGGAGCCGACCCAAGCCGAUCAUCGCCAACGUGCCCAAGAAGCUGUGA